GAUGAUUUGGUGGCUGAGCAAGAAGAAUUAGAAGCAUAAGAGAGUGAUGAUGAUUAUUAGACUCUUGAAUGAUUUUCUGUUUUAAAGUUCUAUUAUCUGACUUUUUUCUGAACUGAUCUUGUUUGACUUUUGUACUCUUUUAACGGGAGUUUUGAUUUUCAUUUCAUUUUCUUCUCUUGAAUCCUUGGUUUUCUUAACAUUUGGUAUCAAAGCUGAUUUUUGUCAAAUUCUAUGACUUUCGAAAAUUUUGUCUAGCCCUCAAUCCCUCAUUUUGAUGGUCAUCACUAUGACCAUUGGAGUAUGUUGAUGGAGAAUUUCCUCGGGUCCAAAGAGUGUUGGACAAUUGUUGAAGUUGGAGUUUCUGAACCAGUCGUAGGUGCAGAUGAUGCACAAAGGGUAGAAAUUAAGAUAGAAAAGUUGAAAGAUCUCAAGGCUAAGAACUAUUUGUUUCAAUCCAUUAAUUGGGCUAUCUUGGAAACUGUCCUUAACAAAUCUACUUUCAAGACCAUUUGGGAUUCCAUGAAGAAGAAGUACCAAGGGAAUGAAAGAGCAAAGCAGCAGUAACACUAGACUCUACAGGCAAAAUUUGAAGGUUUGCAGCUGCAUAUUGGUGAAUCUAUAAAUGACUACUUUUCAAAGACAAUGGCAAUCGCAAACAAAAUGAGAAUCCAUGGUGAACAACUAGAGGAUGCUGCCAUAGUUGAGAAAAUUCUUUGGUCUAUGAUAACAAAAUUCAAUUAUGUUGUCUGUUCAAUUAAGAAGUCGAAUGAUAUUGAGGCACUUUCCCUUGAUGAGUUGCAAAACUCGUUGUUAAUUCAUGAGUGAAGGAUAAACUAUCAAGACAAACAGGAGCAAGUAGUGUAGACCUCGCAGACACAAGCCUUGCAAACAACAAUUAAUUCAAGAGCUGUAGGUUGAGGAAAAGGAAAUUGGAAAGGCAGACUAAGAUCUAGUAGACCGAAGGAAAGUUCAACCACUAGAAAUCAAAAGAGGUGACAGAAUAGAAAUGAUCAAACUGCAAAUAACAAAUCUAAGUCUAU